AUGACGGAAUAUGAUAAAUUCGCCGAACAAUUACGACAUCCAGAUAAUCCGAUUGUAUUUCUAGAAGUCACUGCAGGAGGAGCGCCAAUUGGAACAAUUGUUGUGAGUUUUUUCAAAUCAAGAAAUGUGAAUUGAAAUUUUGCAAUUCAUCGUAAUUGUCACGUGUCAAAAAGUUCACGCGAAAUUAUUAUUGAAAAGCUAACUCAUUUCCAUUUCGGAAUUUUCUCUAGGAAAAUUAUUUCACAAGCUUUGAAGUCAAUGAAAUUUUUAUUGAAUUUCAUAAUUGAUUUCCAAAUUGUUUAAUGCCCUGCAAAAUCAAAAUUUGAUUUAUUGAAUUCAGAUCGAAUUAUUCGCCGAUGUGACACCAAGAACAGCUGAAAAUUUCCGGCAAUUUUGCACUGGAGAAUACAAAAAAGACGGUGUUCCAAAUGGCUACAAAAAUUGCACAUUUCACAGAGUUAUCAAAGAUUUCAUGAUUCAAGGAGGAGAUUUUGUUCACGUAAGAUUUUUUCCUAUUGCGAAAUAUUUUUGAUAAAAUAAGUGGUUUUAGGGCGAUGGAACUGGUUUGAUGAGUAUCUAUGGCGCUAAAUUUCGCGACGAAAACUUUGAUCUGAAACACACUGGACCAGGAAUGUUAUCAAUGGCGAAUGCGGGUCCCGACACGAAUGGAUGUCAAUUUUUCAUUACUUGUGCAACGACUGAUUUUUUGGAUAACAAACACGUGGUUUUCGGUGAGAAUUUUAAUGUUUUGAAACAAAUAAAUACUUUAUGGAUAAAUUAUGGAUAGGUAGAUUUUUGAAGAACAAAAAAUGAUGAAUAAGGAUUGUAGUUAUGAUAAAUAUCUCCUCCUUCAGUUGUACGCCAUCCAAGAUUUCUUAAAAUUAAUAAUUAUGAAUGGUUUUUGUAAAUAUAGAACUUACGAGUAUCUUUCAUGAUAUUCAGAUGGCGAUUGAGUUGUAGUUUUAUAUUGUUCAUAAGGAUUCAACAUAUUAGCAUUGUUAUAAAGCCAUGGAAUAAGAGUUUGUGAAAAUGCACAAGAAAUCAAAACAGCAAAAAUAAUCACGAAUUGUUUCAUUUUUUUAAUGUUAUGUUAUCUUUCUUCAUAUUGAUCUAGUCAUAUUUAUAUUGCUUUUUUUAUUAUCAUCAUGAAAUGUGACAAAAGCAGCUAUAUAAAAUCCGAUUGACCGGUCAGUUUUAGUGUCAUUACGCAAUGAACAAGUUUUAUCUUAGAUUUGAAAUUCUUUUUCACAUUAUUCAAAAAAAAAUUAUUAUAUUUCAGGUCGAGUGCUUGAUGGAAUGUUGACAGUUCGAAAAAUCGAAAAUGUUCCAACUGGUGCAAAUAACAAACCAAAACUUCCAAUUGUUAUCGUUCAAAGUGGACAAUUAUAA